AGCUGAUACAAGCAUCAGCAUGGGAACUCAUCCUUUAAUUCAUUAAAUGUGGUACUUCUAAAAAUCUGUGUUCGAAGCUUUGUAAAACAACCUAUUGUUAAAGAAACAUGGAUUAUAACAGAGAUGUCAACAAAAACUGGGGACCACAACCAGGAUCAGCGCAGAGGGACUCCAACCAGCUUAGAGGUGAACUGAUUUCAUUUUUGAAAACACUGGGACUUGAAAACUACUACCCAAAGAAACUGACUCUAAGAACUUUACUGGAAAUUAACAGUACUACUGUGUCCAAUGAAGAUAUUGACUCACUGCAAGCAAUACCAUGGGCCUUCCUAAGAAAGUUACUUAUGGUUAAUUCAAAAUCAAGAUAUGUACUAUCUGCACUUUGUGAAAAUUAUGCAACAAAUGACUUGUUUAGUGAAGAGGACAAUGAUCUAAACCUUUUAGAUCUUUACACUGCUCUCUUCUUUUGUGCAGAUAGUUUUCUUCAGCAAGAAAUGGCACUGAAAAUGUCAAUGUGCCAGUUUGCGACACCACUGUUGUUGCCUCAAGGAGCACAUAAUCAGUGCACUUUUAUGUUAUGGGCUCAUAGAUGUAUCAUGAAAGAAUGGCGCCCCCAUUCAAUGUCAGAGUCUAAGGAGUUUGUUAAGAACAGUGUUGUUUAUGCAAAAAUUCCCUUGAUAUCAUUUGUGAGGUUAAGUAACUGCAGCUUGUCCAAGUCACACAUUUUGAACCAAGUGCUUAACAAUUCAGAGCAGCAGCAUGACUUCUUUUGUCAUCGAGAAAUGAUUGGAGGAUCUGCUUCGAGGCAAAUUUCUAAUGGCAUGGUUGAAAUAUGCUGGAAUCUUCCAUCUGGAAACGAAAACAUUGAUGUUUUUCCUGAGGCAGUGGCUAUUGCUAAUUUAAGAGGAGAUGCUAGUACUUUUGAAACACAAUUCAGAUUCCUCGCAAAGGUAUCAGCAGCUCUCUUUGUGUUCCUGGACAGUGCUGAUGAAAAUGAGCAACGGUUGUUGGCCUCUUUACGAGGAAUAAAACCCGAAAUAUUUCUUGUGGUCAACUCACAGAGAAAUAUGAACCAGACUGUGAAGUCAUCCAUUGAGAAAGUAAUUAAUGCUCUGCAAGUGGAAAGAGAUCACAUCAUUCUGAAAAAUCAAAAAGUGAAUUUGGCUGCAUUCGCAAAAAUGAUAAAUUCUACCAUUAAGACUGUUCUAACUGGAUGUCAAGGAUCAUUAAGCAUUGAUUCCAUGAAGAAGACUGCUCAGGAGUUGGGUCUUGCCAUUGAUGAGAUUCAAAGUAAAGCUUGUGUAUCAUCAGAAGCAAGUGCAGAGAAAGUCAUGAAAACUAUUGGAGUUCAUCCAGUAACAGACUAUAAAAAGACACAGUUGCCAUUACAAGGUGAAAAUUGGAAAAGGCUGGCUAAAAUAGAAAAGGAGAUGUGCAGAUUAAAGAAUUCAGGAGAAAUGAGCUUGGAGAAAUAUAAAGUUCAACUUCAACAAGAAAAAGAUGCCAUUUGGAACAACCAAAGUCAGUACAAAAUGACAUCAACAAUGGAGAUCUUUAUAGAUACUUUGUUGAUGUGUGAUGAUACUGAGCGAGCCUUCUUUCUGAAGUGGAUGGGACUAAAAUUGGACAUGCAAUCACACAAACACAUAUCAAACCUUCGACGCAAAUACAAAGAUUAUGAACAAAAGAAAGACAAAGCAAGCAUUGCCAAAUUAGACCAGGAACUUCUUGAUUGUUCACUUGGCAUAGAGCACUACAUGAGAGAAAUGGGACAAAUCUAUGAGUCUGCAUCAUUUGGUUCAUAUAAAAUACCAGACAAAAUCCUUAAUCUUCCUAAACUGGCUGCCAAAAUGCUUCUAGCUGGGUUUCCACUUGAACUACUAGAUGGGGAUGCCUCAAAUAUCCCAGAGAAAUGGGUGAGCAAUGUUCUCAUGGAGCUUCACAGGAUGGUUGGACAAAAGAGUCAGCUUCACAGGAUGGUUGGACAAAAGAGUCGUUUGCUGGUUCUGACUGUUUUAGGGGUUCAGAGUACUGGUAAAUCAACAUUGCUCAACACCAUGUUUGGAGUUCAGUUUGCAGUGAGCAGUGGACGAUGCACACGUGGAGCAUACAUGAUUUUCCUUCCAGUGGGUAAUGACUUGAAAGAGGAGUUACUUUGUGACUUUGUCCUUCUGAUUGAUACAGAGGGUUUGAAAUCACCAGCACUGGCGCAACUGGAAGACAGUUAUGAGCAUGACAAUGAACUGGCUACAUUUGUGAUUGGUCUCAGUGAUGUAACCAUCAUCAAUAUAGCUAUGGAGAAUUCCACAGAGAUGAAAGAUGUCUUGCAGAUUGCAGUUCAUGCCUUUUUACGGAUGAAGGAAGUUGGAAAAAAAACUGUCUGCCAUUUUGUUCACCAAAAUGUUGGUGGUGUUUCAGCAUACAACAAAACCCUGACUGAACGGAAACAGCUCAUGGACCAACUAAAUGAGAUGACAAUGAUCGCAGCUGAGAUGGAAAAAAAGCCUAACAUAAAAAAAUUUACAGAUGUCUUGGAUUAUGAUGUGGAAAAGAACAACUGGUAUAUACCAGGUCUAUGGCAUGGCACACCACCAAUGGCACCAGUAAAUACAGGCUACAGUGUGGCAGUUCUUGAAUUUAAGAAAACCCUCUUGGGGGUCCUUAAAGCUAGAAAGGAUAAAGAACCCUCACAGAUCCCAGAGUUCCUGCAAUGGAUGAGUAGUUUGUGGAAGGCUGUAAAGUUUGAAAACUUCAUUUUUAGUUUCAGGAACACACUUGUAGCCCAAGCCUAUGACAACCUUUGCAAAGAGUUUUCAGACUGGGAGUGGUCUUUCAGAAGAUGUAUUCAGUCCCUGCUAACAACUGAAUUAGUUCAAAUAUCUAACAGUGACACAAGUGGUAAUGCUGAGGCUGUCGAGCUUCUUGAAAAGAAAGCAUAUAAAGAGGUUUCCAUGCAAGCAAAUACAAUGAAUACAAAACAAGAGUACUACAAAAAGAAAGACCGUCAGGUAAGCAUGAUGGAAAAGUACAAAGUUGAUUUUACUAAUGGCGUCAAAGGUCUGGAGAGUGAAAUGAAAGCUGAAGUGCAAAAAAGAUUAGCUGCUGCUCUUGAGAUGAGAGGUAACAAGAAGAAAUUAGCAGACAUCCACAGAAAGCAAACGGCAAUGAUUGAGUGCCAAGUCCUUCAACUACUGCAAAAUUUCAAACAUCGCAGAGAUGAGGUGUCUGACGAAGAGCUCACUGCAGAGUUUGAGAAAAUGUGGACUAGGAAGAUGGCAAGCAUCACUGGUCUGAAAGAAGUGGAUGUUCCUGCAAUUAUUUUGAAGCAACUACGUGAAAGUUUUGGAAAUCGCAAAGUCAUGGAGGACUUGCAGAAAAUUCAAGAUUUGACACAGUAUGGGCAAGGAGAAUUCCAGGUCAAAGACAAACAUGUAAAACUGGAAAAGAAAAUACAAAGUUUCUUUACACAGCGUAGUGCAAAACAAGAGCUAGAGAACAUUGCAAAUGGGAUAAUUAAGUUUUGCAGUCAAACCAUUAAGCAGCAUGCACAAGAAAAAUGUGAUUACCAAAGUACGUUUACAAAAGAUGUGCUGAUGGAAAUUGAUGAACAGCUCAAAAAUGAGCAUUCAUACGUGAAUACUAAAUUUGAACUUGACCUUAAAUUGCACAUUUGUGGCAUUGCUUCUCGGACAUUCUAUGAGAUGCACAAAAAGUUCCUCAGUCAGCAGGAUCCCUUGAAAUAUUUGCAGAGAUUUAAGAGAAAAUAUCUCUCUGAUUUCAUUGAUUUGUACAGAGAGAAGGACCAGUGCCAUAGGAAAGCACAAGACUUCACUCAGCUCUGUCUAAAGCCAGCAGUGGCUGAAUACAUUGACAAGUCCCUCGGACCUGACAUUGUUGAUGCAGUUUUGCUGAACAACCCGUCUGAGUACAGUUCUCGAGUGCUGUUUCAAUACACCAUGCAAAAGGAGCUACUGGAAAAAUCUAACUUUGAUGAUUUCAGAAAGUACAUCCUACAAUACAAUGCUUAUGUCAAAGAUUGGAUAUACAAUCAUAUCGUUAAAUGCCUUUCCAAAGACAUAUCUCUGCCAAAUUUAAAAAUGAAGAAGUUGGACAUCAUAAUGAAAGAGAUCAUGAAAGCAUUGGAAGCCUCUAAGCUUGAUGAAAAUGGCUCUCCUUUGCCCAAUACUGCAAGCGGUACAACAAGGUUUAUCCAAAACUUUUGCAAAUCCAUGCGCUGUGUUAUCUUUAUAUCCACGAAUACAGUAGAAGGGGUUCUUUUUCAAAAUACAAGCUUUUGCACUCCCUUUGUCAAAAGUCUUUAUGAAAGUAUAAAUGAAAUGAAACGACAGUUAACAGAUGAAAUCUUCAGGUUAACUGAUAUCAAAGAGACACUAAGCAAUGUGUCUGUGAAGCCCCAAAGUGAGCUCUACAGGAGGGUUUUUGGAUGUGGAAGGAAGUGCCCUUUUUGCAAAACACCAUGCGAAGCCGGAGGAAGAAAACACCAAAUCCACCAUGCAGGCCUUCAUAGACCAAAAGGACUUGGUGGUUUUGUAUAUGUAGAGACUAAUACUCUCUGUGAAGAGAUCUGUACAUCUAGUGUACAUGGGAAAGGAAUAUUUCGAAGUUAUGAAACAAAUUUCCAACCUCAUCCCUCCAAAGACUACAGGAAGUACUACCCAGACUGGAAUAUUUCCCCUGACACAUCUAUUCAGGCCUCCAGUUACUGGAAAUAUGUGAUGGUGAAAUUUAAUGACGACUUUGCUAAAGAUUAUGAUGCAGAACCCGCUGAUUAUCCAGAUGAAUGGAAGAGAAUCACUAAAGAGCAGGCUCUUAUCAGCCUGAAGAAUAACUUUAAUAUUAAAUGAGACAAAACUGCUAAAAUAUUGCACCAAAAUAUUGCAGCAACUAAACAAUAUAACAACGAAAACAUUCACAAUUAUAGAAUUCAUGCUAUUGAACAGGUGUUUUUUUAUUGUAUUGAAAAAUGAGUGCUUUUACUUUCUAUAUAAGAUUUUUAUAAUGUUAUUCUUAUAACUUUUUAUUGUGAAUAUUUUAGUGUUGAACAGUUUCCAAUAAACAUUAUAUCUAUAUGUUUACAAUAUUAAUACACAAAGAGUAAAAUGUUAUGUACAUUCUAAUCUAACUAAUAUUUUUCAUCACUUUUUUGCAAUUUUACCUAUUUGUUUUAAAUGCUACAAUUAUAUUAAUUAAUUUUUGAAAUUCACAUGAAUGUAUUAUUAAGAGCAUACUGUAUAAAUGUAUGAGUAUAGGCAAGAAUUUGUAAAUCAAAAUGGGUUGGAAAUUUGAUUGCAGUGUAGUUGAAAAAAUAAAAUAACAAUGGAAAGAAUUAAUACUCUCCCA